CGCGUCGCGUCUCGAGGGACUCCGCGUUUUCGCGUAAAUUGACCUAAGGUUACCCUUCCAACUUGCGGAGCAAAGCCCCUCCAUCGAUCCACAAACAAGAUCUCCAAACUCCCUGGUCAACCUUUAGGCUUGCAACGAAAGGAGAGGAGUGAUUCACCAGAUUAUUCAAAAUCACACAGAUACACAAUGGAUCGCGGAUCAAUCUACUCGGCUCACGUCUAUGAGCCGAGCUACGCUGAAAAUGGCGAUACUCGAAUGCAGCUCCAGACACAGCUUGAAACAUUCAUCCUUGAUUUUCGACUGGAUAACAACUUCGUCUACAGAGAUCAACUCCGAGAGAAUGCCCUUCUCAAGAGAUACUUCUGUGAUGUCAACAUUAACGACCUGAUCAGCUUUAACGAAGAGCUCGCGCACCGAUUGACAUCUGAGCCAGCAGAGAUUAUCCCUCUGUUUGAAAAUGCACUAAAAAAAUGCACACACCGUAUCGUCUUCCCCCAUGAGCCCAAGGCCGAGAUACCUGAUCACCAACUUCUUCUUCACUCGAAUGCCGACGACGUCUCGAUCCGUAACCUCGAUUCCGUGACCAUUGCGCGACUGGUGCGAGUCCCGGGUAUUGUCAUCGGCGCCUCUGUUAUGUCAUCCAAGGCGACAGGACUCCAUAUCCAAUGCCGCAACUGCGGACACACACAAAACAUCCCUGUCCUUGGUGGCUUCACAGGUGUCACUCUGCCUCGACAAUGUGCUCGUAGCCGAGUUCCCAACGAUCCAACUCCAAAAUGUCCUUUGGACCCCUACUUUGUUGUUCACGAAAAGUCUGGCUUUGUUGAUCAACAAAUCAUCAAGCUUCAAGAAGCUCCCGAUCAAGUCCCUGUCGGAGAACUGCCUCGACACGUUCUCAUCUCAGCUGACAGAUACCUUACAAACAGGGUUGUUCCCGGAUCGAGAUGUACUGUUAUGGGCAUCUUCUCGAUCUACCAAAACAAGGCUUCCAAGAACUCUUCCAAUGGUGGUGCUGUAGCCAUCCGUACCCCUUAUCUCAGAGCGGUUGGGAUCCAGACAGAUAUCGAUCAAGCAGCCAAGGGAAAUGCGACUUUCUCAGAGGAAGAAGAGCAAGAAUUUCUGGAGCUCAGCAGACGGCCCGAUAUAUACAACGUGAUGGCCGACUGCAUUGCGCCCUCUAUUUACGGAAACCGCGAUAUCAAGAAGGCAAUUCUUUGUUUGCUGUUAGGUGGUUCAAAGAAGAUCCUUCCCGAUGGAAUGAAAUUAAGAGGCGACAUCAACGUAUUGCUUCUUGGUGACCCCGGUACAGCCAAGUCACAGCUUCUGAAAUUCGUCGAGAAGGCGGCCCCUAUCUCUAUAUACACCUCGGGAAAGGGUUCCUCCGCUGCAGGUCUGACAGCAUCUGUUCAACGUGAUCAAUCCACUCGCGAAUUCUAUCUCGAGGGCGGUGCCAUGGUUUUGGCUGACGGAGGAGUUGUGUGUAUUGAUGAGUUCGACAAGAUGAGAGACGAAGAUCGAGUUGCGAUCCAUGAGGCUAUGGAACAGCAGACUAUUUCCAUCGCAAAGGCCGGUAUCACUACUAUUCUGAAUGCGCGAACAUCGGUCUUGGCUGCUGCCAAUCCUAUCUUUGGUCGAUAUGAUGAUAUGAAGACUCCUGGAGAAAACAUUGACUUUCAGACUACUAUUCUGUCACGUUUUGAUAUGAUUUUCAUUGUCAAGGAUGACCAUAGCCGCGAGAAGGAUGAGACUAUGGCCAAGCACGUUCUCAGCAUCCAGAUGAACGGUAGAGGCGCCGAGGACAUGACUGAAACCGAAAUUCCUAUUGACAAGAUGCGACGAUACAUCACCUACUGCAAGACACGUUGCGCACCCAGACUGAGUUCCGAAGCUGCUGAAAAGCUUUCUUCUCACUUCGUCUCUAUCCGACGCCAGGUCCACGCUGCUGAGAUGGAAGCAAACACACGUUCCUCUAUUCCCAUCACAGUCCGUCAACUCGAGGCUAUCGUCCGUAUCACCGAGUCUCUUGCUAAGCUCACCCUUUCCCCCAUCGCCACCGAAGUACAUGUCGACGAGGCCAUUCGACUGUUCCUGUGCUCUACCAUGGAUGCCGUCAACCAGGGCAGCAAUCAGGGGAGUCGCGAGUUGAACGAUGAAGUUAACCGCCUUGAGACGGAGCUCAAACGUCGGCUGCCCAUCGGCUGGAGUACUAGCCUAUCUACACUUCGGAGGGAAAUGGUCGAAGGCAAAGGAUACAGCGAACAAGCGCUGAACCGAGCGUUGAUGGUUCUUCAACGGAGAGACACGAUCAUGUUCAGAAACCAAGGUGCACAGGUGUAUAGAAAUGGAGCUUAAUGUGGCGAUGAACGUAGGUAAUGUAAAAGGCUGGUUUGUCAAUUUCGGUAGAUGUCUUGGUAGUAGACUGUGUUAAUGAGUAAUGAGGCGAAAUCAUUAUGACUGUUGUAUAUGAGCAAAUUCUUAAAGAUAACAAGACUCGAAGUCUCAACACAGAUCCGAACAGAUGAUAAAUCUGUUCCUGCUUGCUAGAGCAGGCAUAGAGUAUAUUUGACUAGGAGUGAGGUUGUUGCCG